UAGAUAACCAAAUAAUAUUGCUUUUCAUAUUCCAUUUUUUCCAAGUAUGGAUCACAAUUAUUCAUAAUUCUAAAAUAUUACAAGCCCAGGAGAUUGAGCUACCAGAUUUAUAAGAGGAUUACCUGAGGUUGAGCAUGAUUAAUUAACAUGAUUAUUUUAAAAUUAUUUUUUUUGGGAGAAAAAAUUACUACGCUGUUAAUUAAUUAACAGUGUGAAAGCAGAGAGGAGACAAGGAAAAUUUGAGCCUAUUGCUUACCACCAAGGAUGGUAGUGCCUAGUGGGAUGAAUAUGAUUCUUGUGCGGUUAAUCAGACGUCUCAAACGCGAGUCAUUAUUAGAAUAAAAGAAAUCCUGAUAGGUUGCGCUCUCUCCUUAAUAAGGUUUUGUGAGUUAAAUUUGAAUUAAUUAGGAUCUCAAAGCGAGUACCGGACAUCGAAUUAGAAGCAUAAAAAGAAGAGUAUUUCUGCAUGGUUGCUUUAGAGUGGGUCCCUUGCACACGGUUCCAUAGCUCUUAUAAAGACCCUGACACCUCCAUUCCUUGCAAUUGCAAAUCAAAACACAAUAUACAUCUUAUUUCAAUACCAUACUCAAAACAACUAUCAUAUUCAUCAUCCAAUUCCCCCUCUCUUAGCUUUCAACUAUCAUCCCUCAUUUGGAUGUUGUUGUUUGCUUAAGAAGGAAAACAAACAACUCCUAUUUGUUUUUAAUCCCUCUCCUCUUCUCUAGUCUGUUUCUUGGACUGUGAAGAUGUCAGCAGCUAAUUCAAUGAGCAUCAAGAACUUCAACUCAACAUUGAAGAUGGAAAAGGAGGCAACAACACAAAGUAUCCCACUACCCCCCACUAAGAUGGGGAUAGUGAAACAAGGCAUAGUGUCCAUUCUUGGAUCAGACUCUGACAAAAGAAGCAAGGCUGCUGCAGCUGUUUCAAUUAGGAGAACCCUUUCAGCUGAUAUGUCAUCCAAGAAAUGGCUAUCACAAAAUGGUUUCACCCCUAUCAAGAAGAUUGCUUCCUCAAAAGAACUUGAUGUUCUUGGACAAGAUGAUGUUUGGAAAUCAAUCCAAAAUGGUACUAACAAAGCUGAGCCAACAUCACUUGAUGUUUGGAGCUCAAUUUUAACACAAAAGAAACAAGAGGAGUCUUCCACACUUCCACCUCCUUAUGUCCACCCUCUCUUGAAAAAAUCAUCUAGCUCUUUAACUGAAAAAAGUCUUGAAAUUUGUACCGAAAGUCUUGGAUCAGAAACUGGUUCUGAGAUUAGCCUCUCUUCUUACCCUCCUUCUGACACUGAGGAAGACAAAGAUGAUCAUCCUCAAAAACAACAACAAGAAGAAAAACAAGAGUUGUCCUUUCAAUCGUUUGAGGAAUUUCCAGUUAUUAAGUUUAACCACAACAAAAAAAUGUCAUCUCCUCCCAAGUCUUUCCCUCCACCAAUUUCUUCCUUGUCUGCAGAAGACAACAAGCCCUCUGUUCAUAUGCAAUCUCGCAGACAGAAUGGUAGGUUGAUUGUUGAAGCUGUAUCUGUUCCUCCUCAGAACCAUUUUCGCUCUCGGCGCGUUGAAGGUCGCCUUGUUCUCACCUUAAUCACCACUUCAUCAGAGGGCAUUCAUCAACAAGUGGCAGAGUUCGAGCAGGCCUUCGACGAUUUUCAAGAAGUUGAUCACAAGUAUGAUGAUGAAGUGGAGGAUAAAGGAAAUGGGACAAAAGGGAUGCAAAUUGUGCUUGAGCAAAAACCAAGAUUGUCAAAUGGGAGGAUAAAUGUGAACACAACAACAUUGAUGAUGAAGCAGCUCAUGGGAGGUCUAGAGAAAAAGAAUCAUCAUAUAACAUGGCCUAAAAAGUUCAACAAAUCAAUCAAAUUGAUUGAAGAGGAGAAUGAAAUCACCCCAAUUCCUCAAUCACUUCCACAAAUCUCUCAACUCAUCACAUCACCAAAUCCACCUGAAGCAUCUUCUUUCAAUGCCUGUGACUAUUUCUGGAAGAAAAAUCCAACUGUGACGACCAUUGUCAAUAGCUACAAUGACAAAAGUACAACAAAGAAAGCAUCAUAUGAACAGCAAGAUUUGGUCCUAAUGAGGGGAAACAAAGGGGACAUCAAUUAUUUGGUGCCUUUGUUGAAAGGAUGCAAGGAACAAAGGAGGUCUCUACUCAUUUGGGAGCCAUAUUGCAUUGCCACCUCCUAAUAAUCCAGUGUUGAUUUUAAUUAACUAGAAGAUCAUAACAUAUAAUCACAUUAAGUAUAGUAUAGUAUAGUAUAUCACAAUAAAAAUGGGGGUAAUAUCAUAUGAAAUGUAAUUUUUCCUCUCUUUGUUAGUUUUAAGUCUAGUUUUUACUCUUUUGUUGAAAAAGAGUUUCCAGUAGCCAAAUAAACAAAGAGAGAGGGGGAUCAAGUAUCAAUGCCUUUGAUUAUUAGUGAUUUGAACAAGGAAAACAUAGUGAAGUUCAUUUUAUUUAAGCCUAAAUGUGUGUGUUGUAGUUUAUGAUGAUAUUAUAAUAGAGCUACUAGUUAAGAUAGACAAAACUACUAAUUAUGAGCCAAGUUUGACUUGGUGGUGUGUCAUGCCUAUGUUUAUUUGUCUGUCUUAGUAUCAAAUGGGAAUUCUCCUUUGCUUUUCUU